AUGGAUAGACCGCCGAGCUCUCGCCAAAGGUCGCGCGCGCGCUCCCGCGACCCCGUCUCGAAACUCGCGGUCUCGACCACACGCCGCGCCGAACGGACCGCGCGCGCGAUGAUGCGCGCGGCGGCGUGGACGACGGCGCCGACGCCGACGCCCGCGGCGGGCGUCCGUCCGUUCGCGCGCGCGCGAAAAACAACGACGAGAGCGCUGCCGCUCAUCCAAGCCGCGCACCGUCAGCAUCAUCGUCGUCGUCGUCCUCCUCCUCCUCUCUCGGACGAGCCGCGCGCGCGUCGGCGACGCGCGUCCGCGACGACGCGCGCCGUGACGACGCGCGAGGACGAAGCCGCGACGGCGACGGCCGACGACGACGACGGCGGCGACGCCGCGGACGCGGCGUCCUCCUCGCCCGUCGAGCGCGAUGAAAACGACAUCGAGUGCAUCGCGUGGGGCGCGGGCGCCUACGACCCCGGCCUCGACGAGAGCCUCCUCUCGGAAUCGCGCUGCGACCUCACUACCGCGGUCAAGUUCCGACGCGACGCGGAGUGGCGCGAGUACCAGAGCCCUUCGCGGUACUUCCAGCAGCUGACGACCAUCAACGGCAGCGUCGUCGCGCGUCGCGUCGCGGCGCCGGCGAUCGCCGUCGCGGCGUGGGCCGCCGCGGUCGCGUUCGCGGUCAAAUCCGGGCUCGCGUGGACCGCGGGGAUGACAGCGGCGGCGGCGACCGCGACGCCGUUCUUGUCCGUCGUCGGCGGCGCGGUGUCGCUGCUCAUCGGGUUUCGAACGAACGCGGCGUACGGACGGUUCUGCGACGCCGCGGACUCCUUCGCCGACGUUCUCGGGAGCGUUCGGAAUCUGUCGCGGAAGCUCGCGGUGUGGUGCCCGGAGGCGGACCGCGCGCGCAUGGCCGCGCUCGUCGCCGCGCUGCCUUGGGCGGUGAAAGCGCGAGGGCAGGGCGUGGAGGGGUCCGCGGACGCGACGAUGCGGUUGCGGAGGAUUCUCACGCCGACGGGGCAGUUUGAAUCGAUCGAACCGACGGGCAACGUCCCCGCGCAGGCGCGUUCUCCUUACACUGGUUCCCAUACGACCGCGUCGGCGUGGUGA